AUGGCUGCAGUUGCGGAGAGAAGACAAGUGUAUAAUGGAAACCAAGUUGACCCGACGACGGAGACCAGUAAGCCGGCGACUGACACAAUCGUUCCAAACCAAGCUCAAUCACAACUCUCACGUACUCAUACGAAGUUAAAGGCGACCGAAAAACUAAACAAGUUUAUUCAACCUAGUUGUUACAGUUUUGCUUGUUAUCAAUCGGACAACUCCUCCUCCCACACUACCAGUAUCAAUCCAUGUUCAUCAGCAACAUGCAUUGGACAAGAAACGUCGAAUUUGAUAACUACAGUGGUAAUUCUUUAUUCAUUCGAUGGAAAUGCUAAUGAUUCGAACGGACGUUUCAAUGGAGUGUCGUAUGGUGCUCCUACGUAUGUGGCACAGUCCUAUGUGGGCACUUCAGCAUUGAAUCUAAAUUCUACUUCAUCGCAAUACAUUUAA